AUGUCAGACCUUCUAUGGAAUUGUAGAGGUGCAGCUAGCGGAAGACUGGCUCAUACACUUAAAGUUCUUGUGCAGAAACAUAAUAUCAAGUUGGUGGCAAUUUUUGAACCUAGGGCUUCUGGUGAUCGAGCUGCAAAAUUAGCAAAAAGCCUAGGUUUUGAUAAAAUAAUUGUUGAAGAGGCCCAGGGGUUUUCUGGUGGUAUUUGUUAUUUAUGUCAGCCCCGUGAAGAGAAGAGGAACUUAUUAUGGCAAGAUCUUCGAAGAAUGAGCUCUCAAGUAGCGGAUCCUUGGAUUACGAAUGGUGAUUUUAAUGAGAUUGCACAUUCAUCAGAGAAGAAAGGAGGGGCUACUGUUGAUAUAACAAAAUGUCAAAAGUUUGCUGACGUUCUAGAUGAUUCUUGGAGAUUGAAAUACACAUAUGCAAAUGUUCGGGUGCUUCCUAGGAUUCAAUCUGAUCACAAUCCUCUUUUAGUAGAGUUGUAUGCUAAUCAGGCUCAUUUACGGACAAGACCAUUUCGAUUUGUCGCAGCAUGGCAACAGCAUCCAAUGUUCAACUCGUUCCUUGAUGAAUAUUGGCAGUCUAAUGAGACGUGCAGAAAACAAGCUACAAGAAGAGUUAUCCAGUAUUCUAGAACAAGAAGAGUUGUUGUGGUUCCAAAAGUCAAGGGAAAAUGGAUUGUUGAUGGUGAUAGGAACACCAAGUUCUAUCAUCUGAAGACAAUCAUUCACAUGAACACCAACAAAAUUCUGCGGUUGAAGAAUGAUAAUCAAACAUGGAUCUCAGAUCCGAGUGCCCUUCAAGAGCUGGCCCGCAAUUUCUAUUUGAAACUUUUUAAAGAGGAGGAUUCAAAUAGGAAAUGGAUAGCAACUGAGGAUUGGUGGCCAAUCAUAACACAAGAUACUUUGCAGGACCUUAAAAAGCCACCUUCCAUGAAAGAUAUUCGUCAUGCUAUUUUUGAUAUGGUAUCCUUUAAAGCACCAGGAGUUGAUGGAUUUCAAGCAAUUUUUUUCCAGCAGAAUUGGGAUAGAAUCAAGGAUCAAGUUUGUCAAGAGAUCUGUUAUUUAUGGCAGAAUCCAGCGGACAUUAAGAGAAUUAAUUCAACUCUCUUAGUUCUAAUUCCCAAAGUUGCAGCUCCUACACUAAUGAGUCAUAUGCGUCCUAUAUCUCUCUGCUCAGUUCUCUAUAAAGUGCUCAGUAAAAUUGUUGUCAUCAAGCUAAAACCAAUAAUGGAGAGGAUCAUUUCUCCAUGCCAAGCUAGCUUCAUCCCGAAACGUCAUAUUCAAGAUAAUAUUAUUGUGGCUCAAGAGCUAGUUCACACUAUGCAUCGAAUGAGAGGUAGGAAAGGCUUCAUGGCUAUUAAAGUGGACUUAGAAAAGGCUUAUGAUCGACUUAGCUGGGGCAUCCUUAAAGAGGUUUUGUCAGAAAUAAAAUUGCCAGGUAAUUUUUUAAAUAUUGUCAUGGCUGUUGUUACAACGUCAAACAUCAGUUUUCUUUGGAAUGGUGAGUUAACGCCAGAAUUUCAACCCUCUAGAGGCGUGCGGCAAGGUGACCCCAUAUCUCCCUUCUUAUUUGUGCUAGGAAUUGAAAAGCUCUCUCAUAUGAUUGCUAAUGUUGUUGGUAAAGGGGAAUGGAAUCCAAUUAGGAGGUUAGUGAAGCACAAAUGGGUGUGUGUGAUUGUCCAUAUAUUGAAUGAGUUUGCUUUAAUGUCUUGUCUUCGUGUGAGCUUGGCCAAAACCAGCAUAUACUUCUCUAAGAAUGUUGAUGAUAUCAAAGCAGACAAGAUCGCGAGUUUGAGUGGAUUCAAAAGGACCAGGAAUUUGGGUCGUUACCUUGGAGCGAUGAUGCAACAUGGAAGAGUUUCCAAAGCCUUAUUCAAUGAUCUUGUUGAUAAAGUUAAGUCAAAAUGCAAGGUUGGAAAGCUCAAUGCCUAUCUAUGGCAGGUACAAUGCCAGUUUAUUUGGAAUGGAUUUGAUCAAAAUAGAGGGAAUGCUUUGAUCGAGUGGAGUACUUUAGUCCAACCAAAACAAAAGGGAGGUCUUGGAGUUAAAUGUCUUGAUGUUAUGAACGAUGCUUUUUUGGAGAUAGUGACUGGUUUCCUCCCUCCUGCAGUAAAUGACGGAUUAGAUGUAGAAAGAUGGAGUAUUGGGGGUCAUGGUUCAAUAACAGUUAAGGAUGCCUAUCAGGUACUUUUACAGAAACGAGUUCCACUUAUUAAUCAUAGUAUUCCAGAUCAUGUGUGGAAUGCUCUUUGGCAUUGGAAGGGUCCAGAGAGAGUGAAGAUUUUCAUGUGGAAAUGUCUGCACCGUAGAUUGCCAACUAGAGCAUGGGCUGCGAAAUGGUCAGACGCGAAUCCUGUCUGUUCUCGAUGUCUUAGCGCAUAUGAGACAGACUUUCAUGUUUUGAGAGAUUGUGUUGUGACAAAAACAGUGUGGGAUAAAAUGCUAUCAACCAGGCGGCAGGCUUCUUUCUAUGAUUUGGAUUGGGUGGAUUGGAUGUCUUCUAACAUAUGUAACGAUAGGUCAGGACCCAACAGUCUAAAUUGGGAUACAAUUUUCCUUUUAACUUGUAGGGAGUUGUGGAACGAUAGAAAUGCUGUUUAUCACGGAAAGGAAGGAUCUGCUGAUUUUCUUCUUGUGCGUAAGGUGCAAUGCAUGGCUUUGGAUAUCAAGCAAGCUUUUGGCGAUAAAGGAAACAAGAAGAAGGCUGGAAUAUUAUCUAAGAUACAUAUUGCAUGGCAGCCACCAGAUUAUAGAUGGAUAAAGUUAAAUACAGAUGGUGCAGCCAAAGGAUCUCCAGGAGUAGCUGCAUGCGGAGGAUUAUGUAGAGGAUCUGAUGGUCAAUGGCUAGGGGGUUUUGCUUAUCAUGUGGGUAUUGUAUCAGCUUUUACAGCAGAACUAUGGGGUAUUCUGAAAGGUUUGGAAUUUACUUGGAACAAAGGGUUUAGGAAAAUUAUUAUUGAAAGUGACUCCACUUCGGUGAUCACGCUGUUUACCAGUAAAGGUAAUGAUGUCCGAGAGUCGCAUAUUGUUACUCGCAUUCGGAUUUGGAUGAACAAAGAUUGGGAUCUCAAGGCUCAACACAUUCACCGUGAAGGAUAUCAAUGUGCUGAUUGGCUUGCCAACCAUUUGAUUUGCUUGCCAACCAUUUGA